AUGGAUUUUUGUUACCUUCAGGAUCAGGCAGUUAUAUCGGAAGUUGUUAAUUCCGUUGUGGAUAGUGCAUGCACAGAUUGCAAGGACCGUGAUUCCGAUGAGGAGCAUUUCGCUGAUCGCUUCAAAAUCUCUGAUCCAACGAAUUUCAGAUGUGUUUCAUUGAUUCUAGAUGAUGAGGAGCUCUCGGACGGAAGCACCAGUUCCGAUGAAGAUUUCGAUCGAUUUUUUGAAACGAUAUCCCAAGUGCGGCCGGAAAAUCGAGCUUUCAAAUCAGAAGAAAACAUCGUGGCGUGCAAAGCCAAUUCGUCCAUCAUAGAGCAUGAGUACGACAAUUUACCGGCUAUUGAAGAGCUCAGUAUUCACGUACUCGAGGAUAUUCCACUUGUGCAGUUUGGAAAAGUUGUCAGUAUUGUUGAUAGACAAGACUGUAAAAUUUGCAAAAAAAAUCGAUGGACUGCUAUUUCAGUGGUGAUUGAAGCCGACUCGAAUAUUGCACUCGAUUUCGAGACCAUCGUUUUUGAUGCCGAACGUAAUUCCGUUGGCGAAGUACAGUUUUUUACUACUUAUAUUCGAUGUGCUUGGGCCGGUCGUAAAGCCACUGUACGCUAUUCUUUUUAA